GCGGGCUUGACGCGUGUGUUUUCAGUUCCCCGGGGCCACAAUGUUUUCAACGGGACUCAACUCGCUCCUCCGCGGACUCUCCGUGGCCGCUUGAUCCGGCCCCGAACCCCCGCACCUCCGCGUUAGCACAUUAACCCCCCCGGACGCCCACACAAACUUUUUUUUUUUUAACCCCCAGAUAAACUCUCGUCCUCCGGGUAGUUGUAUGUCAAGGACCGAGGAUGCAGCCCCCGCCGAGAAAGGUCCGGGUCACCCAGGAGCUGAAACACACUCAUGCCGAGCAGAUGAGCAGAUUACAGAUCAAACAUCAGGCAGAAUGUGAUCUCCUGGAAGACCUGAGGAGUUUCAGCCAAAAGAGGGCAGCUGUAGAGAGAGACUACGCCCAGGCACUGCAGAAAUUGGCAAAUCAGUAUCUGAAGAGGGAAUGGCCCGACAGCCUGACAGGAGAACAAGAUGACAACAGGAACAUGUAUUGUGUAUGGAGGGCAUAUUUGGAGGGCACCGUCCAGGUCACCCAGUCCAGAAUCAGUACCUGUGACAACUACAAAGUCGUGGUUGCCGAUCCGGCCAAGACAGCCCGACUGCAGAAGGAGCAGCAGCUGAGGAAGUGUAUUGAACAGCUGACGGUGGUCCAAGCGGAGCUGCAGGAUUCCGUGAAAGAGCUGACGAAGAGCAGGAAGAAAUACCAGGAGGCCGAGACGAUGGCGCAGGCUGUGAGGGAGAAGGCAGAGCUGGACGCCAAGUCAAAGUUAAGUCUUUUCCAGUCCAGGUCCAGUCUGCAGAGAGCGAGCGUGAAGCUCAAAGCCAAGAGGAGUGAAUGCAACUCCAAAGCCACCCAUGCCAGAAACGACUACCUUCUCACUCUAGCAGCCGCUAAUGCUCACCAGCAGCGCUACUACGACACAGACCUCAUGGACUGCAUCAAGGUGUUAGAUGGCAGAAUUUAUGAGCAGGUAAAAGAUUACCUGGUGUCACUGUGUCAGACGGAGCUGGAAACUUACCAGGCGGUCCACAACACCUUCAACCAGAUCUUGAGCAGCUCAAAUGGGGUUGUACAGGAGUUUCACCAGCAGCUGUUUACACAGAAGAACCCGAUGUUUCAACAAGCUCCAGACUUCUUGUACCAGCCCAUCGACUCAGACACAGUGAUGCAGCUACAGAAAGAGAGCGGGACGGCGGAGGAGCACGGCCUGGAUAAGGAGGCGAGGAAGUGGGCGAGCCGUGUGGCCCGAGAGUACAAGAGCAUCAUCCACACACAGCGGGCUCUGGAGGAAUAUGGGACGCAGGAGUCGUCGGAGCAGAACAACAGUGAUCUGGAAACAAAGCUGGAGGUGGCCAGACAGAGUCUUCGGAGGGCAGAGACGGUGAAGGUGAAAGCAGAGGCUCGUCUGGACCUCCUGCGACAGGCGGGGGUCGCUGUUGAAACGUGGCUGAAGAGCGCGAUGAACCAGGUCAUGGAGGAGCUGGAGAACGAACGCUGGAACAACCUCAAUACCCAUGAUCCUUCACUCUCUGGGACGGCAGAUUUGGAGCCAGAGGACGAGGAGGAGAUGGAGGACAGUGGUGAAGUGUUGGACGACAGCAGCUCCAGUCCGUCCAGCACCUUGAAAAACUAUCCCCUCACCUGCAAAGUGCUCUACUCCUACAAGGCGUCUCAGCCUGAUGAACUGACCAUUGAAGAGCAGGAGAUCUUGGAGGUCAUUGAUGACGGAGAUAUGGAGGACUGGGUCAAAGCCAGAAACCGCAGCGGACAGGUCGGCUACGUCCCAGAGAAAUACUUACAGCUUCCUUCCUCUAACAGCCUGCUGAGUAUGCUGCAGUCUCUGGCUGCGCUGGACGCCAGGUCCCACUCCUCCAGUAACUCCACCGAACCUGAAACCGAACUACCGACCGGCUCCGUCAACGGAGACUCCAGCGUGUCAUUUGCGAAGGCCUUGUACGACUACGCGGGACAAACGGACGAUGAGCUGUCAUUUCCGGAAGGCGCCAUCAUCCGCAUCCUGAGCAGAGAGACCCACGAGGAUGACGGUUUCUGGGAGGGAGAGUUUAACGGCGUUGUCGGCGUCUUCCCGGCCGUUCUGGUGGAGGAUCUCGCCGGCGCCGGUGAGAAUGGAGAUGGACAAAAAGACGGCAGUGCACAGGCCUCCCCCUCCACUCUACCGCUGUGCGACCGAUCCCCUCGUAGUCCCUUCCAGCCGGGGCCCCUCCACAGCAGUCCCCUCCAGACGCCCACCAUGUCCUCCCCUCUUGCCAGCCCCUGCAGCGCUACCGCUUCUCCCAUUGGCCGACCCCCCGCCUAUCACAACGGACAUCACAGGCCGCCACCGGCGCCACACAAAAGCCCCUUUCAAAGUCCAGCAACAAGUUCACCACAACCUCCCAAAUACCCAGAGAGCGGAUCGGGCACCAUCCGACCCGUUCGUGCGGCUCCUCCCCCCCCGAAGCAGCAUCCUCGUGGGCAGGUGAAGCGGAGGGAGGACGUGGAGAUCACGCUGGUGUGAGGACGUCACCCUGGUGGUGGCGGCGGCAGUGACGGCUCUGUUGAGACAAGGGAUUGGCGGCUCUGUGCCUCUAAACACACUCCCAAAGGAAACUUAUUCCUUCUCUGAAGACGCCCCCUGUAGGCGGGGAGAGGCCCUCCACUCUGUCCUCACUGGGUCAGUUGCUGUGGAGGAAUAUUGUGCCUUUCUUUUUUUUUUUUUUAUUUCUUCUCCUUUUCAGUUUUCUCAUUUCUCUCCAUCACACAGGAUUUGUCUCAGAUUUGAAAGAGACGGAUAAAUAAGAACAAUAUUAUAAUUUGAUAAAAAUACCAAGACACAAAUCAUUUUCAGAUUUCAGUAAUACUUUGCAGAUAUUCUUACUUCAUGUGAGACGCCCUAUGCAGAAAGAAAACUACAGUAAAACAUAUUAUUGUAAGAAAGUUAUCUGAGUUGAUUUGGACGGUUUCCACAGUUUCUUGUGAAAGUUUCUUCCAGAGCGUUUGAUGCCACUGUGAUGUCUGUGAUGUUCAGUACGAAGCUCGAACCAGGAAGAGAUUAGUCUGAUGUCUCGUCGUCUCGGCUUUUAAACAACAAAAGGUUUGAUGCAAAACGUUUGCACGACUUUGCUGAAGUGUGACUCACAGAUUUGUUCAGAUGUUUGAGGGAACAAAUUGUUCAAGAGCCCAAAAACAAACAGUUUCAGAUGAAAGAUUAUUAUUUUAUUUUAGUAAAAAACUGCUGCUCCACAUUUUUUAUUUAAAGUUAUGAGACAAGAGCCAAUGGUACAAAAACAUCUGUUGGAUCUCGUUCUUUUACCAACCGAGCUGAGCAGCAUUCCGUCGCAGUUUAACUCAAGAUUGUUUGACAAAACUUAUAAUAAUGGGGAUAAAAUCGUCUCUGAGAGUUUCAAACUAUUCUUUCUUUCAUUGUCUCACUUGUGCCUUAAACGACACGAGACGACGCAGCCCCUGCACAGUUGAUCAGGAUCCUUUACCAUGAACUCACCGGUAUCGAUGAAUGAACUGAGUCUCGCUAACAGUUUCCCCCUGUUUCCAGUCUUUAUGCUAAGCUAAGCUUAGCACCUCCUGGCUGCAGCUUCAUAUUUAACUGACUAACGUGAGAGUGGCAUCGAUCUUCUCUAACUCUUGGUAAGAAAGGAAAGCAUUUGCAGAUGUUGUAAUGAGAUCUGUUUAAAAAAAGUGUUUUUGUCUUUGUUAAAUUCCUUUUAUUUCUACACAUAAGUUCUUUAAUAUAAAGAAAUAAUAUUAUUAUGAAUAAUAAUAUUGUAAUGAUGUCAGACAUGCCCCCCCCCCCCCUUUAUCUCACAGUUCUUUCUCAAAUGAUGUUGAGACUUAUCACAAUUGGAUGAUUAUUGAUUCUAUGCAACAGAGUUGAUACUUUGGCAGGACGGCAGCAUGUUGUGAACGUGCAGCUUCAACACAAACCAAACGUCCGGUCGUCUUCACACUCCGAUCAAAAAAGGCCAGCGGCGGGCGAGGCUGGUCCUCCCCUCCGACACGGUUACACAAACAAGGGAAAAGUGGCAAUUUUAGUUGAGUGAUAGAAAAGUCUUGAUCAAGAAUAAUAGAUCCUUUUUACAUUUGAAUUUGUAGAACUCUGCUUGUUGUUGUUAGUUUUCUUCGCACCAACACGCUCAGAAAUGCCUGAAGGAAGACGUAGUGCGAACAUAGUCUAACUUUGUUUGGUUUUUUCCUCUUGUGUUGUUGAGAUGUUGGCAACUCUAACGUUUCCAGUAAAGUUUGACUGGUGGUCGGUGGAGGAGCAGUGACAGUUAACACUGAGGUAAUGUGCAGUUUAAACACGCCUUUAUUUUGGAAGGAGGACACCAUCCUGAGCUGCUAGCUAGUCCAAUUAAAUAAAUAAAAAAAUAAAAAAAUCUAUACUGUCAUAGUGAAGCACUUUCCUACGUCUUCUUAUUCCUUUUCAGUAUUGUGGAUGCUACGUUGUUUAUCCGAUUUUUCUCGUUUGACGUUUUGUUUACCAGCUAUAUUGGUAUGAAUACUUUUUCUUUUAUCAGCUCUUGUUAUUUAGCCUUAAAUAGCCAGUGUAGUGUCUUUGAUUGAGAUGUGACCUUUUGAUCGUACUGUUUCUUUGAGAUAUGAAUAGUUUACAGAGAGCUUGGAGAUGGAUAUCUGAACAAAUAAUAGCACAGCUUUUUGUUUGUUGUUUCUUUUGUUUUAUUUUUUAGAUUUAGAAUAAAGACUUAUUAAACCGUAGUCGGAUUCGAUCAGAGGAAAAGAGAUAUCUGUCAGCCACGUUGCUGUGUUCUCGUUGAUCUCCUUGAGAUCUGAAUGACAUCAAACUUAUUUUUGAAGUUUGCAUUUACCCUGUUGUAUUAACAAAUAAAUAUUAUAAAAGUUAAAAAAGAAAAGAUCUCUUUUUCCCAACAGAGACGUCGUGUUUGUUUUUGUUAACUUGCUACUGGUCCUGAUUCCAAGUCUGAAUCAGAAAUGUCAGCGUCAAACUGCCCUGGUUUUACAAUGUAAGCUCCGCAGAGGCUGUCGAGUGUCAUAUUUACACACCAGUGGAUGUUUAACUGUAUUUAUUGUGUACAAAUAAAUGUGAAAUAAAGAUAGCUUCCAUGAAA